UUGAGAUGGAAAAUGGAAAAUGGCUGACAAUUGUGAACUGUGAAUUAGGUGCUUUUGUGGUCGCUAAUUUCCAAGUUACUUUCGACGUUCGAAAGAUAGUUUGUUGAUAACGAUGAAAAUAUUGGAGCUUGGUUGGCAAAAAGUGCAUGCACCUAUUGAUUGCUAAAGGAUGCAAUCCGCGACUGGGCGUUGAUUCCCCGUGUUGUGUAUCCGAAACAUUUGUGAUUCCAUGUUUUUGCUAUCGUGUUUACUAUGGAAAUAUCGUAAAGUACGGAAGGAGUAAUUGCGUUCGUCAAGGUUCCGUGCAGUGCAAAGUAUUUUGGUGUUGUGAUGCUUGUGCAUAUUAAUCAGUAAUUGUACGCAGUUCUCAAAUUGGAUUAUCUUUUAGCUUCACCGUCACUGUCUCAUUUGUGGCAUAUGUCGCAGCCGAAUUUUCCCAUACAUAAUGACUUUGAUCUUAGUCAUUCCCAAAAUGACUGGAAUGAGCUGAGGAUCGGGAGAAAUGUUAAUUUUGAGAAAUCUAUGUUUUUGAAGUAUGCUAUCUAUAUUAAAAAAAAUUUCCUAUGUAAUUGAUGAGGAGUUCUCGGAGACGAUAAAUCAUAGCAAUCAUGAAUUCCGUAUUUUCCGCUUUCAAAGCAUCGAAAAAUGAAAAAUCGAAACCGUUAGCAGGGAAUAAAAAGAGUUCUUCAAUGAGCCAGGAAAGCAGUUAUGAGAAUUUAAGACACAUUCGAGAAAUAGGAUCAAGUUCGAAAAUGAUGACAUCUAUUGUGAAUGAUGAUGUUGAAGAGAAUAUGUUGAAUAACCGCACCCAUCCGCUUAUGAUUUCAAAACUGGUAAGCAUGGGAGAUGGUGCUUCAACAAAGGAUGCUGGCACCUCCGAUAAAUUUUCUGAUGCAAAUAAAACGGCACCAACGAGAAAAUCGACCAUCGAUGAAAAAACGGCACAACUAGGUUCACUUGCAGCAACACAGUCCCUCGUGAUUAUUGGGGAUAUGUCGCCCACAUCUAUGGAUAGUGGAACAACAACUUUACAGCGUACCACUUAUCAUGAUUUGAAUGAACGUAAUAAUGAGAUUGUACGAAGUACAACCCCGAGUCCGACAACCCGAUGCGGAAGCAGUUGCAGCAGCAUGAAAAAAACCAGUGGUCCAGUUGAUUUGCAUUCUAAAUUAGAAUCAAAUGAAAAUGAAACCGUUGAAAGAGGACCCUCUCCACUGACAAGCCCUCGCCCAGAUCAUGUAAGACCAAUUAUAGUUAAUAAUAAUGGAAGUGCACAUUCCAAGGAAGACAUACAACCGACAUCAGCUGGGUCGAGCUCAGCGGCGACAACACCGAAGACAACAAGGCAUGCUAAACUCCGAUUAAGUAUCAGCAACUUUACGAAUAAUUCUUUGCCAUCGAUUCAUGGACGUUCUGCACAAUUAAACACAACACCUGGUGGAAAACAAAAGCAAAGGCUUUCGACUCAUCAAAGGAAUUUAAGUCUUGAUUUCAGAUCGAUGGGUAUCCUCUUGCCGCCGAUAUCACAAGUAACAAACACGAGAAUCAAUUUGACUCAACAUCAUCGAAACCGUAGUUUAGACAGUGCUUUACAGAGAAUACCAGAGGUUGAAGUAUCUUCUCCAAAUGCGGAAUCUGAGAACACAUUUUGCACAAAUUCCAUACUAGGAUCAACUAUGUGUUCGAAGAUUGUCAGCUCAACGUCAACGAAUCCUCAGAAUACUCCAAAAGCGUCACUGAAUGUUAACUUGAAAGUUCUAGAUUCCGACGAAUGUGCAAAACCUAUGAAAAACAUUGAAGCUGAGAAAACAGGGUCUAGUGAAAAGAACCCAGAUAAUAAAAAGCGAGAAGAUUUAACAAGCUUAGGAUCUGACGAUUCAGGAAUAAUUUGCGGAUCGGAAUCGGAUCAGUUGUCACUUAACCGGAUCCGACAAUCGCAUGAAAGUCUGGAUUCUGGUGAAAUAGAUCCUGAAGAAGAAUGUAUUGAAAUUUUGGAAACAACAUCAAUGGAUGAAGAAUACAAGAUGCUACAAUCAGAUUUAUGUUUUUAUCAAACGCCAGGAUAUAAAAAAGCCAGACGAGAUAUUGUAGGGGAUAGUGGACGAAGUGUAGAAAAUGUGAACAGGAGUAGUUACACAUUGAACUCGAAAUUAGACGACUCUAUUAUUAGUGGUAAUAAUGUAAUUGGUGACAACAAUCACGUUGGAAACGAAACAAAUGCAGACUGCGAGACUCCAGUAAUCAAUCAAAACGAGGAUGAUUGUGAUAUAACACCAACUCCGAAUGAUGAUAAAAUGAAACAAUUUGACAUGCACGCUAAAACGCAGCAAGCGAAGUCGGAGGUCGAAGGAAAUAAACUCGAGCAUGUAAAGAACGAAAUAUUAUUCAAAAGUUUCUUUGGAGCUACAAAAAAUGCAAUUUUUCGAACAGCCCAAAGUAUUAUAGAUAGUCAUGAGAAAAAAAAUGCGUCUAAAAAUAAGACAGAAGAAAUAGAAGUAAAGUCGCCAACAGAAGUAUCGAGGAAAAAGGAAUUCUUCGUGCUCAAAUCCUGUUCAAAUAAAAGCAACAAAACAGCUACAACUCCAGAACCUAGUCCGCCAGAAGAAGAUAUCAAGCAAAUAACGAAAUCUGCAUCUGCAACAUCCUUAAAUAAGCUUAAAGUACCAGGUGUAGUUAAAUGUUUUGUAAAGGAGAAGGAUCAAUCGUCAAUCGGAAAGACUGAAAAAGGGCCUAGCGGCCUUCUGCGCUUCUUUGAAUCGCCCGUAUUCAAUAUUCACUUUGCCAUUCAUUAUUUAUUUUAUUCAAAAGAACCGGGAGUUCUAAGUUUCAUAGGAAAUAAAAUAUUCAGUUUUCCGGAUCAAGAUGUUGAUUUAUACAUCCCGCAGUUGAUAGUGAUGUAUAUUCAAAUGGAUGAGUUAGCAGAAGUGUUGGAUCCCUAUUUGACUUUUCGAUGCCGAAAAUCUGUAGACUUCUCUUUGAAAUGUUUGUGGUUGCUUGAGGCAUACGAUUAUCAAAUUGAAAUAAACUCGGCAUUGUCGAAUAGUAAGCCUACCCUAUCACUCAUGAAAGAAUUAUACUCGAAGAAAGAAAGGAAACAAUUGAAGACGUGUGAAAUAGAAGUUCUUUCGCCAAUAAGGAAAACACAUCACCGCUCUCAAUCAGAUGCGACUGUACUACUGAGCGAUUCACAUCGCUUUCCGUCUUCCGGUAGUCUGACCCUGAAAUCGAAAGUGCAGACGCCUACUUCUGCAAAGCUUUGCUUAGGUGAUUUGACGUCUGGGAGAGCGUUCGAAAGUGGGUGCACAUGCUUUGAAUCAGUUCGAGGUACUGUGAACGGUCUUCUGGGGCAAAAGACUGUCUGUUGCUGCGGGGCACCUAAGUUGGCACCUCAAAAGGAAUUCAUGAAAGCUCUAAUUAACAUCGGAAAAAAUUUGACUUCAUUGCAGACAAAAGCUGAGAAGACGAGUGCACUACGAAUGUUUCUUAAUUUAAUCAAUAAAAAUUUACCAGCUCGUGUAUGGCUUCCAUUGCACUCAGACAUUCCACAUCACAUAGUUAGGAUUACUGAGGAGAAGACUGCUGUACUAAAUUCAAAAGAUAAAACGCCGUACAUAAUCUAUGUAGAGGUUGUUGAGGUAAACGAUAUUUAUUCUUCGCCGGUAAUUAUGAAAAUGAUGCCAAGUCUGAGGCACACGAAAAGUGAGGAGAAUUUAGAAUCAAAAGAGAAUAAUGUUCCUUCGGCAACAAAUUCCGCUACAAACCUAUCAUCGAAAGACUGUCCAAUUGAAUGUGAAAAGAGUAGCAAUAAUAUUAAUAACAACAGUAACACUAGUUGUAAUGUUAAGGAAUCUAAGACUCCCGAUUGUGGGAACGAUAUUGGAAAUAAAGGGGAUAUGAAUGAAUUACAUUUGACAGAAGACGAUGUUUGGUCACAAGAGGAUGACGAAAUAACAGCGCAAUAUAUGAAUCUGCAUAGAAUGUGUGAGCGUGAUGCGAUUUCGCAAAUGUCAUUGGAUUCAUGUGAUUCUAGAGACCAAAGUGUACCCGCGUUGUUCAAUAUAGGUGACGUUAGAACAAGGCAUUGUAAAAAUUUGACGUGCGAGAACAUGAAACCAUUCAGUAACGACCCUGAAGAUCCCUCUGCGGCUGCUUUGAAGGAGCCAUGGCACGAGAAAGAAAAGCAGAUACGUGAAUCCUCUCCUUAUGGGCAUUUGUCAAACUGGCGACUUUUGUCGGCUAUAGUAAAAUGCGGGGACGAUUUACGACAAGAAUUGAUGGCAACACAGUUGUUGCAGAUGUUCAAAAUUAUAUGGCAAGAAGAAAGUGUUGAUCUAUGGGUUCGUCCGUACAAGAUUGUUUGCCUGUCAAACGAUAGUGGGUUAAUCGAACCCAUUCCUAAUACUGUUUCGGUACAUCAGAUUAAGAAAAAUUCAAAUAAAAGUUUACGUGAUUAUUUUAUUGGUGAAUAUGGUGAUACGGAUUCGGAGAAGUUCAAGUCAGCCCAGAGAAAUUUUGUUCAAAGCUGUGCUGCUUAUUGUCUAAUUUCAUAUUUGCUACAAGUGAAAGAUAGGCAUAAUGGGAAUAUUUUGCUUCAUUCGGAUGGACAUAUUAUUCAUAUUGAUUUCGGCUUUAUAUUGAAUAUUUCACCGAAAAAUUUAGGAUUUGAACAGUCACCUUUCAAACUCACAGCAGAAUUUGUAGAAGUGAUGGAUGGAACCGAAUCAGGGUUGUGGAUUGAAUUCAAUCAUUUACUCCUGAAAGGUUUAAUGGCAGCACGUAAACAUAUGGAUCGUAUAAUAAAUCUGGUUGAAAUAAUGCGGAGCAAUGCCCAGCUACCUUGCUUCAAGAACAGUUGCUCAGGUACAGUUCAAAAUCUGCGGAAACGUUUUCAUAUGAACUUAACAGAGCAAGAGUUAGAACGUAAAGUGGAGCAACUUGUGCAGGAUUCAUUGAAAAGCUUGUCAACGAAACUUUACGAUGGAUAUCAGUAUUUCACAAAUGGCAUUUUGUGAGAAAGGUUUUUUAUGAGAAUCUAAUGAAACUAAAACCCGAAUUCGGAAAUUCACACUAAUGAAUAAAAACCACGCAGUAAUGUUCCCUUAAUGAGGAAAGCUAAAACAAACAACUAACCCUAAAACCUGAUAACAAAAAGGAAAUCAAAUGAAGUAAGGAUAAUUUCUUUUGUAAAAAAAACUUAUAGUUCUUCACUAACGUAUUAACUAAUUAUAUAUUUGUAAGAUCAAAUUAUAUUAUAAUGGAUUGUUAAAUUUAUUAAUAUAGCGAAAUAACUGAACACUGAUUCUAAUAAGUAAGAAUAUUGGUAAAUAUAUGUCUAUUCGUACUUCCAAAUUUAUUAUCCAUGUAAUUUUAGUUAAUUCAUAUCCUUGAAAAUAUGGCAUAAGUCCAGCAUUAAAGUGGUUUUCAAUGCAAAUAUACAUUUUGAACUUUUAUGUAUAAACGUAAAACUUGGAACCUUGAAAAGGACGACGACAUACACAUAUUGCUAGUAUUUUAAUAUAACAUUAGAUAAUAAAAUUAUUGGAAGUUUACACGAAUGUCCGUUAUCAAUUGUAAAAUAUAUUGUAAUUCCUUAUUCUUUUGUUAAAUUCUUUCGGAAUUUUCAUACACAGUAAUAAAUAAAAUUUUUAAAUUUUACAUUGA